CCUUAAUUCUGCUCUCGAAUUCAAUUCCACCCUCACCACUCUAACCCGCUUUGAUUAGUUUGUUCUCUUCUUCCAUUGUUCGCCUCGUCAUUUUCAGUGUUCGGAAUCCUGUAUACUCUUUUCUUACUGUGGUGCGUAGCUACGCGCAGAGCCUCGAUUCAUCAUGGAUAUGAACCAUUUCAUAGGACAGCGGUUUAACUUGAUAUCGAAGAGUGAUAUUCGCUACGUUGGCACUCUCCAUGAAAUAAACCCGGAGGACUCCACCAUUGCCCUGGAGAAUGUCGUUUCACACGGCACAGAAGGAAGACGUGGCAAUCCCGCAGAGGAAAUUGCCCCUUCUGCAAGCGUGUACGAAUAUAUUGUCUUCCGUGGAAGCGAUGUAAAGGAUAUUAGUGUUGCGGAGGAGCAGAAAGAGAACCAGCAUCCCGAACCUCCUCAAGUACCCAAUGAUCCUGCUAUCUUAGGUAGUGGAACACGACCAGCACCUGCCCAAGGGCCUCCUCGCGUUCAAUCAAAUCAGUUUCAACCACCCAAUGCUCCCCGUCAACCGCCGCCCGGUUACCCGCAGCAAACUCCGUUCCCCGGAUAUUAUAACCCAUAUGGUCAGCGAUUCGGCCCUCCUGGUUUUCCCCCUGGUCCUGGCUUUCCUAAUGCUCCUUAUGGUGGCCCGCAAGGAUGGUACCCUCCUCCUGGCCAAGGCUUUCCCCAACCCCCUGGCCAAUACCCUCCACCACAAAUGCCUAUUGGCCAUCCUCAACAACCCCAGCAAGCACAGCAGCAGCAACGCGAUGGCGGUCCUCAACCUCCUCAGCCAGCAAAUGUACCAAAGCCAACUUCGGAGCUGCCAGUCGGUGAUAAGGUACCUGGCAAACCUGUAACUCCAGCAUCCUCCCAGCCCCUUCACCCACCAGAACCAAAGUCCUCCACCCCUAAACCCACCGCUCCUUCGCUCCCAACAACAACAAAAAUAACGCAGAAACCAGCCACAGCACCCACUGCACAGCCAUCGCUGCCAGCAGUGGCUGCGCCCACAUCCAAGACCCCGCCCAAGGGGCCACAUGCUGGGCCAAAAUCCGGAAGGGUUGUACCUGCUAUCCCUAUUUCAAAACCAGCGGUUUCUUCCACAACCACCGCAUCUGCUACUGCUACCUCAGGUAAUGCUACUACGCAGUCGCCUGCGCAAAAUACCAGAGCUACUUCUACAGCGAUGCAGGACGCAACUCGAGCGGCUACUGCUGCUGUGGCCGCUGCCAUGGCCAAACUUCCUCAGCCUCCAACUCAGGGCUCGCAGCCAGUCGAAGCAGCGAUUGAGUCAGUAACCAAAAAAGUAAGCGAAAUGAAGCCGUAUGAGGGAGACCGGGCUCCUCGUGGGGGCCAUCAAAACGCUCGCGGCGGUCGGGGUGCUCAUCGUGGAAACCAUCACCACCCUCAGCAUAAGAAAGUUGAGGUUCCUACCGCUGACUACGACUUUGAAUCAGCAAAUGCCAAAUUUAACAAGCAAGAUCUCGUGAAGGAAGCGAUUGCCUCUGGAUCGCCACUUGGGGAAUCUGAACAUAAAGCAGUGAACGGCACAAACGGGACUGAAGGUGCAGACAAAAUCAAUGGAACUGGAUCUCACGUCGCCUAUAAUAAAGCGUCUUCCUUUUUCGAUAACAUCUCGAGCGAAAGCCGCGAUCGCGAAGAAGGUUCGCGUGGCAAGACGAGUGGUAGGGAGUGGCGCGGUGAGGAGGAGAAGAAAAAUAUUGAGACUUUUGGCCAAGGAAGCAUUGAUGGUGGCUACGGUGGUGGUUACCGGGGGCGAGGGAGAGGUCGAGGUUAUGGUGGAUCUCGCGGUGGCAGAGGUUCGUACACUCGAGGCUACGCUGGCGGGCGUGGACGAGGAGGUUUCCGUGGCGGGAGAGGCGCAUCGCAGGCUACCGGGGUUCCAACUUCGUCAUAGACACUGCUGUCCUACAUUCGACCUUGCUCUCCCUUCCGUCGGUGAUGCCAUUUUCUAAAUCCUGUAUCAAAUGGAUAUACCCUUUUGAAAUACUUUUUGCUACGUUGUCAGGGAGAACAAACCUUUCAAUUGUACGACGGAUAGCGCUUCCUUCCGCGUGAUUAUUUGACACUUUUGGAACUUGACCUGGUUCCCUUUGUUUCCGCCUGUGAUAUUUUCCCGAUCACCAUUGACGACUGUAUUACUUUGAUCUUGUUUUUCUUUUUCUUUUCUCUUCUCUUCUCUUUUGUUUUUUUCGUUUUGGCAAUGUACCUUGAGUGUCCUGUUGUCUGCCUAUUCGUCCCGCACGUCAAAUUUUUCUGGCGUUGGGCCGCUUCAAACCCAUUCCCAUAUCAUCUGGCGGGUUUUUGUUUGCUUUCUUCUUUCAAUAAUUAACGACACGUUGUUACGUAAGUUGCGGGCUAUAUAUGUUCACUUUUUUCACUGAUUAUGGCGUGGUACGGGAGCGGGGAAGGCGGUUUGGGCUAUUUGCGAAAUUCAAAAAUGACCUUUUAUCUAU